AUGCUGGCGUGGCAAUUCCAAACACCGGAGCUGCCCUCGGGAAGCGAUAAAUACAUCUGCUUUACCGCCUAUGAUAGAUGCGUAGAUGCAAAAGUUCAUCUGCGCGGAACACUAGAAGGCGGUGAAUGGGGUUACUUCGUCUCCAGACCGUUCUGUAAAGCCUUCACAUGCGUGGCAGAGUUAAAAUCUGUUCUAUGCCCUGUGCCGUUGCAUGUGUGGGACGCAUGCAUCAGCCACAGGCACUCCUGGGUGAACCCGCCAUCCAAUGCCUUGUCCAGAAUGAUGACCAUGACGUCCAGCGGCAACGGUGCGCAAGGCACAGGGUCUGCCACCAGACGCAAGCGAACGGCAACAUUGCACAGCUCGUGCACAGAGAUUGUGUGGGGGAUGGGUGCAGUCCGGGAGUGCACGGUGCAAUGUCACUCUCACAAUCUCCCAGUGCAAUCCGCACAGGGUGUCCCACUACAGUGCAGUAGUUGCAGUGGAAUUCCCAUGUGCGGAAAGAUCACCAUGCCCCCCAUGCCCCCACGGCAAUUUGACAACAUCCGAGACGUGUACAUGGAAGGGGAUGUCGGUUUCGUCGGUGUCGAGAAGCUGCUUGGCAAGGUCAAGCACGGGCAACUGCAGCUGCCACCCGAGCAGACAUGCAGCAGUGCCGCUCAGCAGGCAUACCGCAACAUUUCGACAGUGCAGCACUUUCACCUGCAUCUGAACUCCUACUGCAAUGGGUAUUUUUUGUGCAUCACGGCGCCCCCUGGUGUGUUCCAAAUCGACACGAUGCACCUUCCACACGAUGGCAUGAGCUCGGUGGUGUUCACGCUGGUGAUCAUGCACAUCCUGCCACGCUAUGCAUUCGUCUACCUCAUGCACACCAAGGUGAACGACAGUGUCAUGGAUGCAUUUCGAAAGUUUGUCAGAGAGUUGCACGACUUCCCCAUCUUCCAUGCGCACCUGGCCAACGACGGCGCCAAGGAUGAGUGGCCACGGUACUUCAGCCUGGAUGGCGACCGCGCGGUGUACAUUGGUGGAGUGGAGGGCAAAUCGUGGGGACUGGUGGGCAUGGUCACCCAGGCCCUCGAAUGGUCGGACCGUGGCCUGGGCAGGGCUUCUCAAUGA